CCUCCCAUCUUUACUCAUUUGCGUCCCGUUCGACAUGAUCGAUCAUCAACAUGUCAGGAUCUACGUUUCGAAAGACUGAGCUACAAUCGCAAUUUGCGAUGCUCAGGCAACCGGGCAAUUGUCCUGAAGGUGUUUACGUUUCACCUUCCAAAAGUUUAGAUGUAUGGGAUGGAGUGAUAUUCGUGCGGAAAGGGUACUAUCAAGGCGGUGUAUUUCGAUUCAAAAUUCAAUUUACCACCUCUUAUCCUAUACGUGCACCUCUAGUCACAUUUUCCAAAGGAAGUCUUAUUCAUCCUCUCAUCGAUCCUCGCGAUGAUCAUCUCGCUUUGGCUUCAGGUUUUCCCGAAUGGGAUUCAACAAAGGAUAAUGUUGUGAAACUUUUGUUUUAUAUCAAGAACAUUUUCAAAACAUUUCACCUUAAUAAAUUAAAUGACGGUUUGGUUAUAAAUGGAGAAGCAUGGAGAUUAUUUCAAUCUAAUCGUGCCGUUUUUGCAAAGUUGACUUCUCAAUGUGCAACCAUUUCUGCCACUCCAACUAUCCUUUACGAUCAACCGACCAAUAGCACGAAUUCAACAAGAGACUUAGCCAAUCCUUCAUCUUCAAAAGGUGAGAAUCAGGAUAAUGCUUUCGCUUUCCGUCAAUUGAGUGAAGAGGAAAUGAAUGCUAUCCGUCAAGCCCUGUUCGAAGAAGAUCCAUGAUUCUCGACGCGAUAAUAUCACCUGUACAUUAGUCACACAUUAUGAUACCAUUAGAAUCAUCGAGCGAAAUU